AUGCGGAGCAGCACUGCCAGUGACUACUCAAGUCUGAGUGAUUCCCAGCUGCUCUUUGGCUCCCAGUUCUGCCCGGAGAACGCGCAGUCGGCAGCAGCACCACUGGAGCUGGGCACGCAGCCGGGACAGCAGAACUCCCAGGAUAGUGAGCCCAGUAUUUUUACCAAAUACCAGACAAAACCACAGUUAUUUGAUGAAGAAACAAGAGAAAAAGGUUCUCUUAAUUUUGGUGCAGGAAGAGUAAAAAGUGUCUUGGAAAAUUUUGAAGUGAAUAAGAACAAAAUCAAGGACAAAUAUGACCGUGAAGUCCUAAGCUCCUUUAUUUCCAGCAUCAAAGACAAGCUUCAAGAGCUGCCAGUGUGCUUUGAGAAGUUUGAAGAAAUGCUUGAUUCCAAACUCAAAUCCAGUUUGGUCUGCCUAGAAACCCUUUUCAAGACAUUGGAAGAUGCUCUUCAAAGUCACUGCAGCUUGGUGCUGAAAGCUUUGACAGAAAAAAGCCAAAUGGAGCAGGCACUGCUGGAGAUGGAGAGGAGACUUGCAGCCAAAGAUGUUGAGAUUUUGGAGAUGAAAUCCAGUAUGCAGCUGUUGAAGGAGGGUCUGGAGUCACUGCCAGCCCAGCUGAAUGACCAGUUCCUGAAAGCUUGUAAAGAACUUGGCUUCCUGAAGCCGUGUAAUACCUCAGCUGAGCAGCACACACUUUUGUCUAGUGCCAACCUGCCCCCUCACAUGACAGAUAAGUCUUUCCAGACCUCCCCUGGGCUGUGGCAGCACUGUGUCCUGAGUGAGGAGCACCUGCACAAAUCAUGCUGCCCAGGCAGGGGAGUUUGCUGCUGUUCAGGCUGGUCUCAUUUCCCCUGUGUGACAGUGGGACAGCAACACAGAGACUCCCCUGGAAGGAACCAGCUCACUGAAGAUGGCACAUCUAGGGGUGACCUAAACCCAGCCCCAGGAGACAAAGCCAGCCCCAUUGCUACAGCAGCCUGUGGCAGAACAAACACCUUUUUGCAGGAGGUGAAAUGCAGUUUGGAGACACAGAGCUGUGCUGCUCAUCCUUGCAUGUGCUGGGCUGGCAGACACUUUUUGGGGAGUAGUCAGACGAAACACUGUCCUGUACCACUGGAAGGGCCUCUACCAACCCCCCUGAGGAAGGCGUUCAGGAGAAGCACUCGAGGGUUUAAACCCCUGACACCAUCACAGCAGCAGCAGCCUCAAGUUUGCCACCAUUCUACACAGAAAGCUACACCUGGGCAAAGACACAGCAACUGGUCUAUAGACCGUGAGGUGGAGAAAGCAGCUGUAGGGAACAAAACAAAACUGAGUCCAGGAAGGAUGUCCUGGAAAAAAGCAAUAAGGAGAAAGACAAUGUACUCCACUAAGGGGAAAGGCGAAUGCUCUGGAUGUGCUGACAGUGGGCUGAAGCAGAGGAAGACAAAUGGGAUUAUUGACUUGGAAAGCUCCAGAAAAAAUUCCCUUCAGAGCUAUUUAGUUGAUCUUAAUUCAGAAAAUUCUGACCUGGUUUUUGCAGCUCCCCAUCAGCAGAUCCUCAGCAGUGCUCAGAUGGGGCUUACAAAGAAUUUCCCACCAGUGCCACACUCUGAUAAAAGCCUGCAACAACCUGCAAGCAGAAGAAAGAGAAGUCUUGAAAUGAAAAAAACAAUGAAAGUUUCCAGUGUAAAAAGGUAUCUCUUGGAUUCCUCUCCCGAGGAGGAUGUACUUUCCCUGUGUAGUGCAACAGGUGUGAAGCAAAUGAACUAUUUCAGCCUCCAAAGCCCCUCAAGCUCCAAGAAAGCACAUCCUGUCAAUCCACUGGCUCAGCAGAAAACAGCCCAUUGCUCUUUAUUGUUAGAUUGUGAUUCUUCUGAUUGAAGGGGUUUGUUUUACGCUUGGAGCCCUUAGUGCAGGAUGACCAUUUCAAUUACAGUUUAUUCCUCUAGGUGUGUUACCUGCAUACUCAGAGGCAAGACUCAAGCCUGGAUGCUUGAAAAUGCUACUGCCCAGCUGGAGAUAUUGUAAGGAACUACGUGGGGUCUAAGCAGGGCUCUCCCCUGGCUUGGAAAGCUGAAGGGAUCUGUAUUGCUUUACUUCCCAGCUCCCAGCAGAAAUGCCAUGGGCUUGAGUUAUCAUAGUAUUUGCACAGCAGUGAAGUACCUGACAUUCCCAGGGAGGAGAGAGCUGGCAGAGCAGAUUGUCAGCUUAGUCAGAUUUGGCACUGAGAUCUACUGGAAAUUCCUCAACUAGAUUGAUACAAUGCUAUCUCUGUGGCCUGAGGCUUCACUCUGUUUCUCACUGUAGUAUCUCUGUUGGUUUGUUAUGUAAAAGUUCAGGUUUUUAGUAGAGUAGUAUUGUUCUGGUUGAUUUUGAUCAGGUUCAGAUUUGUUUCAGGAGUUGUUUGUGAACUUUGGGCAGGAAGAGGUUUAACUGAGGAAAACCAAACCCCAGCGUCUCAAGUUCAUCCAGUACUGUAUCUCUUCUCCUUACAGGCUGAAAUUCCUCAGUUUCAGAGAUUCCAGGAAGUUAUUUUGUUUCUACUUUAUUUGUCUUUUGUAUCUCUUGGCUGAUUAAGAAAUUCUCCAACGUACCCUUU